AUGAAUAACAUGAAUAAUAUGAUGAAUUAUCCUCCUCCUCCUUCUCAAGAAUUAAUGAAUUCUAAUGUUUAUUUAAGAAAUAAUUAUCGUACGAAUAUAUCAACUUCUGCCGCUGGUGUUGGAUACCCACCUGGUUCGCUGUCGGUUAUUUCAGCAGAUAGUCCUGAAGAAGAAGGCGAAGGUUCAUCAGCUGCUUCAGAUUCAUUAGUUUGUAGUCAAAUGAUUGAUGGUCAGUCAGCUGGACAACAGAGUAUGUCAUUAAUGAAUAAACAAAUGUAUCACCACCAGCAACAACAACAACAACAAGCACAACAGUUUAGACAACAACCAAUUACAGAUCAAUCUAUGAGCUUGAAUCAACAAGCAAUGUAUCAACGAGAUUAUGAACAACAACAACAUCAACAACAACUUCAUCAGCACCAUCACCAACAACAACAUCAACAGCAGCAGUUACAAUUUGCCCAUGGAACAAGACCUCAUCUACAAAUGAAUUCUAUGCCUAUGUAUCAUCAACCUGCAAAUCUUUAUCAACAACAACAACAUCGUCUACGUACAUUAGGACCAAGAAAUCAAGUCUAUAGCAGCAUGACUGAUAGUUAUCACUUACACCACCACCAACAACAACAACACCAGCAGCAGCAAAUGAAUGCAAUGACUCGAUUAGAUCCAACACAAUCAUUUUUCUCGCCAACACCAUCACCAACACCGAGUAAAAAGAAGUCGCGUAUGCUAUCAGGGACAUUUGGUCGACUAUUUAAACGUAAUCAGUCAGGCGGUAGUAGUGUGAGUGGCAGCGGUGCCAGUGGUGUUGUUAGUGGACCAUUCGAUGUUGUAGCACAACAUCAGCAGAAUUAUUAUCCUGUACCGAAUCAUAUGAAUCAAUCAUUCAGAGGUGCAUCAGCUUCACCUGUACGUAUUGGUUCGCCUAUGAUGCAUACACCAUUGACAACCACAACAACAACUAAUAAUAGUAAUAUCGGUAUUAAUAAUACUAAUAAUAAUGUACGUUAUUCUAUGCAACACCAACAACAACAGUCUAUGAGUCCACAACCAAUGCUUGGACAAGGAAUUCAACCUCCACCCUUACCACCUGGACAAUAUCAUCCAUCGAUAUCGAAUCAAGCACAAAUGAUGCAACAACAACAACAGCAACAAAUGUAUCAGUUUAGACAACGACAGCAAGGAUUAGAAUAUGAUGACGGAAAUGUUGGAUCAAAUGUUAUCACUGGUGGAUCUGUAUCCCCACUUUCCUCAUCCACUAUAUCAGGUGGUUUAUCUGAGUCGACUGUUCCUUCAAGUGCUAGAAUAAUGAGUCCCAACCCUAUGCAGCCUAUGACUAUGAGCGGUGGUGUUGGUGUAAGUCAACCGCCGCCUUCUACCCUUCCACCACAAGUUCCUGAAGAACGUAGACGUUGGAAGAAAGAAGAAUUGUUGGAACAAGCUAUGAUGGCUAGAUUACCAUUUGCACAAUGGAAUGGUCCUACAGUUGUAGCAUGGUUAGAAUUAUGGGUUAGUAUGCCAGCCUGGUAUGUAGCUGCGUGUAGAGCAAAUGUUAAAUCAGGUGCAAUUAUGGCAUCAUUAUCAGAACAAGAAAUACAACGAGAAAUUGGCAUUAGUAAUCCUUUGCAUAGGCUAAAACUACGCUUAGCUAUACAAGAAAUGGUGGCUUUAACUUCACCAACACCAGUUCCUAAGCCAAGUACAAGUCGUUUGGCAUUUGGUGAUAUGAACCAUGAAUGGGUUGGCAAUGUAUGGCUGCCUAGCCUCGGAUUGGCUCAAUAUCGUCCAGCUUUUAUGGAGUGUUUAGUCGACUCACGUAUGCUUGACCAUCUGACAAAACGUGAUCUACGAACUCAUUUAAAAAUGGUUGAUAAUUUGCAUAGAACAAGUUUACUAUAUGGUAUUGUCUGUUUAAAACGCUUAAAUUAUGAUCGACUGGAAUUGGAGCGUAGACAACGUGAAGCUGCACAUCCUGAUAGCAUUGAUUUAUUAGUUUGGUCCUGUGAACGUGUUCAAGCUUGGCUAGAUGAAAUUGGUCUUAAAGAAUAUGCACCAAAUUUAAACGGGUCCGGUGUACACGGUGGUGUGAUUGGCUUACAUCCUGAUUUAAAUGCUCAACAAUUAGCUUUAACACUUCAAAUUCCUACAUCGAAUACAACAGCUCGUGCUACACUAGCUAGAGAGUUAACUCAACUUGUCCAACGUUUUCGUGCUAAUGUGCCUAUUGCAGCAGCUAGUAUUGGACCAGCUCCAAGAGUACUGGCAAUGGAAGCUGCUGCUGUCGUUGCAGCUAACAGAGCUCGAGCACAAUUUGAUAAUCAAGAUAUUUCUUAUCCUGAUGAUGGAUUCAAUGAAACAGCUAUAACCAGUGACGGGGAUGUUAUCGAGCCAACAGAAGAUCGAGCUACGCCUACAAAUACAUCUGAACAAAGUCAAACAGAUACACAACGAACACAAUUAGAAUUAUCCAAUUCUAAUUCUGAUAAAAGUAUUGCUAACAGUAAUAAACUGUCAGAUGUUUCAACAACUGCAAAUCUAGACGCUAACACCAUUAACAAUAAUAUUGUAAACAAUUCUGCCCACGGUAGUGGUAGUAGUAGUAGUAGUACUCCUACCACUACUUCAGCUAUUCCUGGCAAUCAAGGUAUUACAACAACAGCAUCACAGAAGAAACGAGCUCCUCAGGUACCUAGUGUGACUACAGCCUCAUCAAUGAAUAAAUCAACUACUUGA